AAAUCUUUAAAUUCAAACUGCAGGUGCUCAUAAAUUGCUUCAUUUUUUUUUUCAAAAGAAAUUUGAAUUUCUGAGGCUAAUGUGCUUUACCACUUGUUAUGAUUUGAAGAUUUGAAGUCGGUUUUGGUUUUUUCAAUAGAAGAUUUGAGCUUUUGAUUUGGGUUUUUUUGUUAUAUGUUGAAGAGGCUGUAAUGAAGUGAUAUGAAGUUGCUAAUAUGAGCGAUGGAGAGAGUUCCAGAGAAGUGGAUACAAGUUUAAAUAAAAGGAGGAGAAAAAACGAUGAAUUCGCACAGGCAAUUGCGAGGAUUGCGGUGGCUCAAGUGUGUGAAAGUGUAGGGUUUCACGGGUUUCAGCAGUCUGCACUCGAUACAUUUUCUGAUACUGUUUGCAAGUAUAUUCGUGAGAUAGGGAAGACGUCGAGUUUCUAUGCUAAUUUAGCUGGUAGGACAGAAUGUAAUGUGUUUGAUGUAAUUCAAGGGUUGGAAGAUUUGAGUAUUGCACAAGGGUUUGUUGGAGCAUCUGACCGAGAUCAUUGUUUGUUGGAGUCAGGGAUUGUUAAAGAGGUUUCGCAGUAUGUUAGUUUGUCGGAAGAAAUUGGGUUUGCUUAUUCAGUUCCUUCUUUUCCGGUAGUUAAAGAACGGGAGGUUACGUCAAGUUUUUUGCAAUCUGGUGAAACGCCACCAACUGAUGAUAUUCCCCCCUGGUUACCUAAAUUUCCUGAUUCGAAUACAUAUACUAGCAUGUCUUUGGCUGUUACGGAAGAAGCUGAAACAAGGCCUGAUAAAGUUGAGCAAGAACAGAAGGUUCUAGAACCACCACCAUGGAAAUUGUACCAGUUCUGGGCACAUAAUGAGUCUGAAUUUCCUGUGUCUUUUGAACAUGGAGAAAACACUGAAAGGGAGCGACCGGGUAAUCCUUUUCUUGCUGUGCCUCUGCAGCCUGGAGAAAAGGAGGUUUCUAUGAUUUCACUUCCUGCUAAGCUUAACGAAGAAGAUGUGGUGCAAAAUCAUAGCAAUCAUGUUUCCGAAUUGGAUACGUUUGUUCCAGUAAAUCAGGGUGUUAAAAGAAGUGGUCGUGAUACCGAGGAAAUUAGUGCAAAUGCUGUCUUGAACAACAGACCUACAGUGCAAAUGAAAUUUCACAAUGCCAAAAAGUCAUUGGAUAUUGAAGUUAGACAUAAUGACAAAGGGAAAGAAAAGGUUGCGUCUUGGUUCCGGAAUAAUGAGGCAUGGGACGAGAAAGAAAAGAGAUCAGAGAAACUUCCAAGGGAGGUAAUGGAUGUUGAAGAACAUACUGGAAACGAUUCAGUUGUACAUUAGGAAGACUAGAGUAGUUUGUAUACUAUUUUGAUAUCCUAGCAGCACAUGCUAGUCCCGGAGUAGUCUAAGUCAGAGGGAUAUAUCUUUCAUAGGGGGGAAUGUCCCACAUUAACACGUUUUCUGAGGUAUGUUUGUAGUUUCCAUCAUGACCUUGUUAGUGAAUGAUAAUUCUUUUCAAUUGAAAUUCUUUACUUUGCAACUUGUGAUAUA